UUUUAGCCCGACCUAAAUAAACGUCUUCAAAUGUUGUUGCUGUUUUCAGUCUAAGAACCAAAGGCGUCUCUCCAAAGUUCUUCACCGCCAGUUCUACGCCCAUGGCCGCCAAUUCGCCACCAUCCUCUUCCCAGUCUGCGAAGAAGAAGAAAGUGAACAAGAGAGAACGAAUUCAACACGACCAAGAACUGGAGAAGUUCGAUUCACUCAAAUGGAAUCCCUCUCUCUCAGCCGACGACCCCGACCCCUUCGCUCAUCUCGUCGGCUCCUCUGAACUCGAUGGAGGUUUUCUUUCGCUUGAAGAGAUUGAUGAAGCUGAUUAUAUGUUACAAAUUCCCAAAACUGAUAAGGGAAAGCCAGAGAAAAAGUUGAAUUUGAAGAAACAGAAGCAAGGAGAUACUGAGGAGGACUUGGAUGGUGUGACUGAAGAUGAAAUUCUAGACAAAAUGGAGGAAGAGAAGAAUGAGAAGAAAAAGAAGAAGAAGAAGAAGAAGAAGAAGAAGAAAAAGGCAAAGAAAGCAAAGAAAAAUGAGGAAUCUAUGAAUGUGAGCAAUGGCCAGGAUGAUGUAGAAGAAGAGUUAGUUGAUGAAAUUGAAGUUCCCCCAGAAUAUAAUGCAUGGAUUGAAUUGAGACUCCAUCCUCUGAUUAUGAAAUCGAUAUACAGGCUUGGAUUUAAGGAGCCAACACCAGUUCAGAAAGCAUGUAUUCCUGCUGCAGCUCAUCAAGGCAAGGAUGUAAUUGGUGCUGCUGAAACUGGGUCUGGGAAAACACUUGCUUUUGGUUUACCCAUUAUGCAGCGCCUCUUGGAAGAACGAGAAAAAGCUGCUAAGAUGCUUGAAGAGAAGGGAGAGGAGGCAGAAAAAUAUGCUCCAAAAGGGCUUUUAAGGGCUCUUAUCAUCACCCCUACAAGGGAGCUUGCACUUCAGGUCACUGAUCAUUUGAAGGAAAUAGCUAAAGGUAUUAAUGUUAGAGUCGUUCCUAUUGUUGGUGGGAUGUCAACUGAAAAGCAAGAAAGACUUCUAAAAGCAAGGCCUGAAGUUAUUGUUGGAACACCAGGGAGGUUAUGGGAACUUAUGUCUGGAGGAGAACAACAUCUUGUUGAGUUACAUACUCUGUCUUUCUUUGUGCUGGAUGAGGCUGAUCGAAUGAUCGAAAAUGGGCAUUUUCGAGAGUUGCAGUCAAUAAUUGAUAUGCUUCCUGUGACCAGUGGCUCUAUUGAAGGGCAAUCUCAACAAACACAAAACUGCAUGACUGUUUCCACCUUGCAGAGAAAGAAAAGACAAACACUUGUUUUUUCUGCUACUAUAGCACUAUCUGCUGAUUUUCGUAAGAAGCUAAAGCAUGGUUCAAUAAAAUCAAAGCAAUCAACGAUUGAUGGGUUAAACUCUAUAGAAACUCUUUCUGAGCGAGCGGGAAUGAAACCUAAUGUUGCCAUUGUUGAUUUGACAAACGCAUCAAUAUUGGCAAAUAAGCUUGAGGAAUCAUUUAUAGAAUGCAAGGAAGAAGAUAAAGAUGCCUACUUGUAUUAUAUUUUGAGUGUUCAUGGACAAGGCCGCACAAUUGUUUUUUGUACUUCAAUUGCAGCUGUGCGACAUAUUUCUUCCAUCUUGCGGAUUCUUGGCAUUACUGUUUGGACACUUCAUGCCCAGAUGCAGCAGCGAGCUCGCCUGAAGGCUAUUGAUCGUUUCCGUGAGAACGAGCAUGGUAUACUUGUUGCUACUGAUGUUGCCGCUAGAGGACUUGAUAUUCCUGGUGUUCGAACUGUUGUUCACUAUCAGCUUCCACAUUCAGCUGAAGUUUAUGUUCAUAGAAGUGGACGAACUGCUAGAGCUUCUGCUGAUGGGUGCAGUAUUGCUUUAAUCUCACCAAAUGACACAUCAAAAUUUGUUUCUUUGUGCAAGUCAUUCUCUAAGGAAAGCUUCCAGCGAUUUCCCCUUGAGAACUCAUACAUGCCAGAGGUCAUGAAAAGAUUGUCUCUUGCACGUCAAAUAGAUAAAAUCUUGCGAAAGGACUCCCAGGAAAAGGCAAAUAAAAGCUGGCUUGAACGAAAUGCUGAAGCCAUAGAAUUGGUUGUGGAGAAUUAUGACAGUGAGGAGGAAAGAGUGAAAAGUCAUAAGAAGAAGAAAACAACAUCUAUGCAAUUAAAACAGUUGCAGCAGGAACUCAAUAUGAUGCUUUCACGGCCAUUGCAGCCAAAGACAUUUUCACGUAAUUAUUUGGCAGGGGCUGGCGUUUCACCUCUCCUGCAACAUCAGUUGGAAGAAUUAUCUAAACAGAAGCCACCUGACAGCAGCACUUCAGGAGAAAACAAAAGACGGAAGCUGGUGGUUAUUGGUCAAGAUUGUGUGGAACCACUCCAGGCACUCCGAAGUGCUGGUCAUGAGGUGCGAAUGGAGGUGAAAGGAAUGGCAGAAAAGAGGAGAAAUCUGGAGAAUUUAAGAAGAAAAAGAAAAGAGGAGAAGAAACGUUUUCGUGAUCAACGGAGAAACCAGAGGAAACGACUGAAAGGAAACGUUGAGUAAAAUAUUUUCUCAAAUUUCUUGUAUGCAAUGCCUCCCAUUAUUAUUAUUAUUAUCCUAAUAUUUGCAUAGGAGUAAUUCCUUUAGAAAUGGUAAGGCAGAAUGUUCUAAGAACUUGAACAAUCUAGGGAGAUUCAAUUAGUCUACAUGGAAAACUAAGAGUCUCAAAUUCACAAUCAUAGGCUGCUUAAGCUGAAGAAAUGUCAAUUUAGGUGCCCAUAAAUGUGAAAGCUCAAUGAAGUAACCCUUAUUUCACACCUAAAA